AUGUCGGAGGGAGCGCGCAGGAGAGUCGAGUAUGAGGAGCAACACCAGCUGACAUCCACAUACACCGAACUGAAUAUUCGGGAAGUCGAAACCCUCAUCAAUAUACAAACAGAUGGUCUGGACCCCACCUAUUCUCAGCUGAACAUUCGCCAAAAUGAACUUCACGUCGCUAAGGAUGAAGAUCCUCCUGUUGCGUCGGGACUAGGAGAAAUGCCAGUGACUGCUCAGGCAGACAGUCUAACAUCCUCCUACACAGUACUGAAGCUUGGGACAAAUGAACUUCUCAUCGAUGAAGAUGAAGACACUCCAAUCGCCUCCGGACCCGCCACACUGUCAGUGACUGCCCAAGCAGACGGUCUGAACUCCACCUACUCAGUGCUGAAACCACCGAAAGAUGAACUUCACAUCGAUGCUCAUGAAGAUCCUCCCAUUGCCUCGGGACCCGCCGAAUUGUCAGUGGCUGCACAGUCAGGUGCGCAGAAACAGGAGCCGAAGCAGAACAUCGGAAAUCGAUCCGUCCGUAAGAUCUCCCUACUCUGUCUCGUUACGAUCGGCCUGGUCGCGAUGGUGGCCGGGCUUUCGAUCUAUGUAUCACAGACUCGACAGUCUCUGAUCACCUCCGACCGAAACUACCGGAGACUUUGGGAACAACAUCAGGAGAUGAACAGGACCCAGCAUCAAUAUCAACAGCAAGUCCAUUCUUUCCGCUAA